AUUUCCGUUUUCAAAACACCAUGUUGCACAACCAACAUGUGGCGAAGAAGUGGUAAAGAUCGAGUAAGUCGACAGAAACCGAAGCAUUUCUAGGUGUCUUUCGAUCUGUCCUUCCUCCAACACUGUGUGCAGGCCCACAGUCAGGGGAGUGGUCUGAUCAUCAAAAAUGGACUGAGCUAAACCACAACUUCCCCCCUGCUCUACCCUGGAUUUCUUUGCAACACUUCGUCAUCACCACACUAAAACAACUGACUAGUCAGCCCUGCUCAACCUGUAUCCUGGUUACUGACUGAGCAGUCUGACGUCCGGUAAAAAUAAAGCUUGUUGCCGCUGCCUACUGUCCUGUUGUAUCCUUGUUGCUGUGAUGAUGGGAGACAGAUUCCCGUUUCUUUCAGCUCUUCCUCUGUGGAUGAGCUUUGGCAGUGCUGCGGCCCUGGGUGAGCCUCAGAUCUGCUACAUCCUGGACGGCAUCUUGUUUCUGUACGGUAUCAUCCUUACUGUGCUCUACUGCAGGAUCAAGUAUUUCACACAGAUGGCUCCGGUGACUGGGACUGGGACAGCAAAGCCAGUGAAUGCAGAUGAGAGCAUCUAUACGGGACUGACCCGUCAUGCUGCAGACACCUACGAGACCAUUGGUCAGAAGAAGAAAGGUUUGAACUAGUUGAGGAUGAAGAGUUGAAGAAAGAGAAAGUUUUACUCUUUCCAUCUGUUAAAUCACCUUUGUCUUUGCAGGCAUUUCCCAUGUCUCUUAUGUAUUUUAUUUAUCAUAGCUUUUGAGCGAAAAUGUAGACAUGUAUUUUUAUUUUAUUUUUUGUUACAUUUAUUUGCAAUUCAUAUGUGAAAGCCUCCUUUGUAUGCUGAGGUAUGUGUCUCCAAAGAGAGAGAGACGUGAGAACUGCAAAAUAUGGAAGAAGUUGAGCUGUGGGUAAAUAUUUCUUUAUGAUUGUUUUGACAGUAAUAUUCAAAAAUAUGCAUAAAACAAUAUGCGCAUUUUCCCACCAGAGAUGUUAUCAUCGAACUGUUUUUUUUUUGUGGAUAAAAUGCUGUGCGUGAUGAUGUAGUGCACAUAAACAUGACUUUUACCGUUACAUUCCCAUGUACCGAAUGAAAAAUAUAAUUUCCAUCGCAUUUUCAACUCUACUGAUGGUUUGUCACAAAAACUGUUGCAUUAUAUAGCAAAUGUACCCGAUCUGGUCAUGGCACAUGCGCUCUACCCAACACCUAGCAGAUCAGUGCGGGUAGGCUACCUAUUAUGAGAUUAUUAUGGAUAAGAGCGAUAUUAUUUGUAUUGGUCAAACCUAAGCAUCGAUCAUCAUGUCACCAGAAUAAGACCCUCGAUGUUAAUUGUAAAGGAACAGCAAGCUCAUUACCUUGCACAUUCACCACCCUGUGAAGUUCAUAAUAUAUUUCCUCUGUAGCCUGAUAAACUGCAUGCUUUCCCGAGUCGUAGUGGGAGAACCACACAACAUAUCAUCUCGUGACUCCCAAGUUUACUUCAUCCACAUGAAAUGGUUGGAUGGAAACCUUGUUUGUGUCCUCUUUGUAUGAUACUAAGUUUUAGCUUGAGAUUUAUGUUUUUGGUAUUUUCAAAACGUCUCAAAUAUUUUUUCUAUAGAUUAAUAUACAGUUUUAUCAAAUCAUAUACAGUUUUUAACUCUUGAAAUUGGUGUUCUGGGUAUAUUUUUGGUAUUUUCAAAGUUUAUACGGUGCUUUUAUAAUACAUUCUAAUAAAAUAUCAAAAUGA